GCGAACAACACACAGCUGUUCUUAUCGUUGUCUUGCACGAACGUUAGUAACCCGUCAUCGCGGGCUAUUUUUUUAAUUAUUUUUCUUCUUCUUUUGCUUGUUUGUCACGGCGUCGUUUGUGUGUGCGUCGCGCCCACACAAGCAUUAGCCACAACCGUGAAGCACGAAGAGUAGGGUAGUAGAUCCGCUAGCAACACACCGUAGAAAAAGAAACCCCCCAAAUAGCGUUAGGUACGAUUCAUCACCGUUGCGGUGAAGGAGGAGUUCUCUGUAAAGUCCUCCGCGACACGUUCCGGAGAGCUUGUGCAACCAAUCAUCCAACACGACUUCGCUCUCUCUUCAUUAUUAUUAUUAUCGGACUCCUUCUGAGACGACACAAAACACACACGAUCGGUACGCGGCAUCAUGUUCGAGGUUGUGACGUACACCUACGGCUUCGUGCUCUACGUGGCGGGCCGUACCAUCAAAAUAGAAAAGGAGACCUUUAAAACCUUCACCGACCCCGGAACCUUCCUGUCCGGUGCCAUCGCUGGUGGGGUGGGUCGCGCGGCGGCGAUUCCGUUUGAUCAAGGCGGCAAGAAGGGGAUUCAGCAGACAAUAGGGCGCCGCAUGCCGCAGUUUGGGCUCCUCAUGAUGUUCUACUGUCCCAUAGCACACAAGCUGCUGCCGGGUCUGGAGCACGAUCCGAGGUCGAAGAUGCUCACCACCUUCAUGAUCGGCGCAGCGGCCGGCUUUAACAUGCGGCUCCUGUGCAACCCAAUCUCGCGUGUGCUGGACGAGAGCCUCCGCACAGGCAAGCAGCCGCUCGAUGUCGCGCGUAUCCUCAAGAACAAGACGAUACUGCAGUUCUGGUACACCACGCCAAAUCUGCUCGGGAACGCCUUCUACUUCGGCACGCUCUUCACCGUUUUCGAGGGUCUGCGCCGCUUUAACGAACGCAACCUCGUGCCGAUUAGGCGAUACGAGGGCGAGGAUGAGGUGCUGCUGAUGGGGGAUGAUGGUCAGGUGCAGGUGGUGUCGAAGCCGCACACGGCCCCCGCGGUGGUCGACCACAACUGGAGCUGGCGGAACUACGCGAUGACGGUGACGUCGAACUUCGCCGUCGGCGGUGCAGCCGCCACCGUGGCGUCCACCGUGUGCUACCCUUUUAGCGCACACCAGUACAUGCAGACCGUCAUUCACGACUCGGCGAUCUGCCGUGGACUCGUGCCGACGUUGAUGAAGGAGGUGCCUAUGGUGGCGAUGAUGUUUGCUACCUUUUCGGCGAUACAGCCGCUGCUCGCACCCCGCCACGGCGUCCGCUGUGGUUUUGGCUAUUGA